AUGGGGUUGAGCGACUGGCACGAGAAGCGAAUUGAUUUCUUGAAGGCCGGCCACACCAUGGACAUGGAGACUCCUUCCCUGUUAACGCUGAUGACAGGCGACGUUUCCUCGGGUGUGAAUUGGCUGGCCUGUUGGACGCUGGUAGCAGCUUGUCUCAUUGGAGCCGCCGUUGCAUGGCUUGCGAAGCGGCCCAAUGCACCAUCCCACGGUGGCAGCCCGCCCGACGGGGCUGCCGUGCGACGGCGUAAGCGAAGCGAAGACACCGCGCAAACCUUCGACAGCGACGUGCCAGAGGAUGUCUCAAAGGACUACAUGGAGAUCACAUUGGAGAGAUCUCAGAGGAGCGAGUCCUGGGGCUUCGUUUGGCACGUCCAAGCCUUCGAAGCCCAAAGGUUUCUGAUCGCUGGCUUGGAGGCAAAGUCUCCAGCCGGCCAGCUUAAGGACCGGCAGGCACAAGGCCUGCGCCCCCUCCGGCGAGGUGAUGAGCUGGUGAGCGUCAAUGGGGCGUGCCACUUUCAGUCAAUGCGCCGUCAUCUGGCGCGGGCAGAGAAGGUUCGCCUCCAGUUCCUGAAAGCCGAUCUCGUCCUUCCCCUGGAGUGUGACAGCUGCGACUGUGAUAGCCCGACUGCGGCGACCACGAAGCCUGGCCCAGAGAGCUUGCAGAGGUUGCAGAGGUUGCAGGCACGCAGUGCUCCACUGCCUUUUGCGCUGUUGAGCAUAGCUUGCCCGCACUUCCGUUUCCAUGAAAAGAGAAAGUCUCGUCGACAUGCUUCCACGGGUGCAGAAGAAGAAGGCCGAUUCUCCAGCAAUUCCUCGGGAUCUGGUUCCGAACAGGUCUCCGGCGAGAGCAAAUGCCCCUCCACAGAUUGGGAGUACAUGAUGGACAACAGGACAGGAACUGUGGGCUUGCAUGGCGACUUCCAUGCUGGCGGCAACGUCGUAAUUGUAGCCGGCUCCCAAGCCAUGGCAUUGCAGACAGGUGCCCUGAGCGCUGUGGUGGGCGGCGGCCUCUUCCAGGCACCGCAGCUCCCGCAGCUCCCACAGCUCCCACAGGUCCCACAGCUCCCGCUGCCUCAGAUCCCUCUCCUGCCCCAAGCGCACAUCCUGUCCAAAGCCCCUGCAGAAGCCUCGGGCCUGGCUGUGCCUUCUGUGCCUUCUGUGCCUUGCCUGCCUGCGCAAGAGGACUACGUGCAAGGGUUCCCGACUAGAACUGUCAGGAGUGGGCAGGUCGCAAUGCCACAGCCCACCUCCACCUCCCUUUCCCAAGGACUUGAAGUCUCCAAGCUGCCGCACGAAUCCCACGGAUCCCAAGAGUCCCACGAGCCCACGAGAGUCCCCGAUCUUCCCUUCGCACAGACCGAAGUCGCACGGACGUCAGCCGCGUCUCUUCGGUCAGGAAGUGCUCCUCCAAGAUCUUGCUUCCUGGAGCCGGAGCAGCCAAAUCCCCAAAAAGAAAGCUUUGGCAAGAAGCGGACCUACCGCUCCGGCAAGCGGAUCCGAGCCAAGCGCACCCGCGCGGCCCAGCGGGCGCAGGUCGGGGUCCCCACAGGGCACGCAGCCCAAGGCGGUGAAGCCGAAGCAGAGGAAGGGGCAGGGGAGCCUCCUAGCCAGCGGCCCCGCGCUGGCAGCGCCCCGGCUGCCCUCCGUAGCCUGGAGCUCAGGGAGAGCUCCGAGAAGGGCUACUACAAGCCGCGCAGGCGAGCUGGGAAGAAGGUGCGGCAGCGCAUGGAGCAUGCCAUCGCACGCAGGAAGGAGCAGGCUCUCAUGGCCGAAGCAGCGGAAAACUGCAGGAUGGUCUCGGAUGACGAGCCGGAGCCCCACGAAGCUCCGGUCGAGCUGCGACCAGUUGCAAAGCCCGUGGCCGUGCCUCACACGAAGCCGUCGCACGGUUGCCUGAAGCGAGCAGAUUCGCCGACAUCAGUUUCAACUUGCACCACUGCGGCGGCGACCAUGGUAUCUGGAGUUGCAAGCACGACCACGACUGCUACUACCUCAGCCUCUGCAGGUUCCGAGCGAGUUGCACCUCGUCGGUCGUUCUAUGCCCGCAAGCUCCACGAUGCGCCUGCUUUGCCAACUAUGCAGGCCCAUGGCAGGCACACGGCCCAGCGGCCACAGCGUCGGGCCUCCCGCACGCGAGCUCCCAAGGCAGGCCCGGAGCCUCCAGGAGCUUCCGAGAUCGUUGGCCAGCGGGUGCUUCUUACCGGCCUUGUCCAUGCACCGCACUUUAACGGCCAUUGGGGCUACGUAGAUGGAUUUGACCCGGACGAGCAGCGCUACAUCGUGCGGGUCUUCUUGGGUGAGCCAGGGACGCCGCCCACGCUCUGUCCCCGACUCAUGGCCGACAUCGAGCUCUUGGGCGUACGGGACGUUUGCAAAGACCACCUGCUCGAGUUUUUGAACAGUGCAUGGUGGUCAUCUCUCGGUGAUGCAGGUUUCGAGCAGGAGGACAUUCGUCCACAGGACGACCCUCUGAAGGAGUGCAUCUUCGCUGCGGAUGGUCCAGUGACGCUCCGAUUCUGCACUCCCGAAGCUGCAUCUUUAGCUCUUUCCUUGAAUGGUCUCCAGUACUGCGGCCGUGUGCUGCAGUUCCGGAGGCGUCCAGGGGCCCCUCCCGGUCCCAUUCUGCAGGGUUCGAAAGUUCAAGUUGAAGAUCUGAAGAAGAUUCUGGGCUUCCAGAAGGAAGCCUUUGCCAUGCCUCAAGGCUGGCAGGAGACGAUUUGGACUGGUGACGGUGUCCUGCAACCGCUGGACCGUUGGGCAGAGACACUACCAAGAAGUCAUUACGAUGUCUUGGGCAUAGACCGGCAGGCCUCCAAAGAUGAGAUCCUGAAAGGCUUCCGCAGGCAAAGUGCUGCAGCCACAGACUUAGGCAAGCUCAAAGAGGCUCUGAAGACUCUGAUCUCGGAAGACCGGAAGACAAUCUACGACCACACACCGGAGUCAUUUCUUUGGGACGCCAUUCGUGCAGCAAGGCACGAUCGUUUUCAGCCAGCUUGCUUCGUGGUCCGCAACUAUGAACGCCUUCGCAAAGGCUUUGUCCGGCGAAUCCAGGUGCUUCCGCGACACAGCUCACAUCUGCGGAGGGAAAAGAAAGUCAUCGUGGCCAGAUGCCGAGGAGCGGACGUCUGCAUAGUGGCAUCCGACCCGCAGACCAACCACCUGCCCUCGGAAGUUUGGGUCUCAGGCGAAAGCCAGCAAAUCGAAGAGCUUCAAAGGCUCGUGCAUAAGGCCGGAGAAGAGGCCGAUGGUCUUCGGGCCUCUGCUAACAGUGCCAUCUUGACUGUACCCAAGCCGCUCUUGGACAAGGUCCCCAAAGAGGGAGCGGAGAGGGAGAACUUCGUGAAGUCCAUCAGAACUGCAACGGGGCUAUCUCUGACUAUCGUGGAGGAUCGUCUCAUCUUGGCUGGAGGGUCGGGACCUCAAGGGCUGGCCCAGGCCAUAGCGGCCGUCCAGGAGAAGGUGAUUUGGAGGGCAAGUGUGCAGACCGAUCACGGCACCUACCAAGCUUGGGAGUAUGCCAUUUGGGCGGAAAGGCGUGGGAUCCCUGUUGUCCCGACCCGUGAACCCGACCGGGAGGAAGCGUGGCACGUGCUAUCGGAAUUUCAGCAGCAAUUGCAGCUGCCGGCACAAACCGACUUUCCGAACUUGGUCGUGGUGGUCCUUAAGUCCUUGCUAGACCGCGACGUCAGCAAUACCGUCAUCAAGAUUUUGACAUCCAAAGUGGUCGUUUACGAGGUAAAGCAAGCCAAAGAGGUUCGCACAAAAAUCACCUGCUUGAUGAUGCGGCUUUGGACAGGAAAGCGGCUGGUGCAGCCACUCGGCGACUUCAGCUCCGAUCCUCUCCUGAUCACUCUGUGGAAGCUUGCCACCAUUCUCGGCGCCACGCCGUUGCAACAGCUGCUGAUGGCCCCUGUGCCUGGACAACUCCUUCUAGUGCUUCGCCAGGCUUGGAGCCAAGUUCCGGACAAGAAGGCCUGGCUGCCAUGGAGUACGCUGGUUCCCUUGAUGGGCGACUACCUCCAUCCGCUGCUUCAGCAAGGCGCUCAGGAAGGACAGGUCCAAAUGCAAGCGGAGUGGAAGAGCGAUCCGCAUGUCGCCGCUUUUGUUUCAGAAUACAUCGCCUUCCACGAGUUCAAAAUUGCGGAGGAGGGUGUCCAGGCAAUUUCCAAGGCUUGGCGCAGUGUCACCCUCCAGCCUAGGCAGAGCGCACCUCAGGUGGUGCCGCCGCCUCAGCCAGCAAAGCCGCCAACCCCGCCUCAACCACCUGAGCCACCCGUGGCCAAACCGCCAUCCCCGCCUCAACCACCUCAGCCACCAAAGCCCUCGGCGAUGUCGGUCGACGAGCAGGCGGAGAGUGAGCCACCGCCGGCAAAGCCGAAACCAAAAGCCAGACCCAGACGGAUGGCCGGCGCAGACGGUCAGGACAAUAGUAACAACCAAAAGCGAAGUGGUACUGAGCAGCAUGAGGAUGCCCCCGCUUCGAAGAAGCCGGCGACCAGUCCUACUGUAAUUCUGAAGCCUGGCCCUACAUCUCCUGUGACUUUGAAGCCGGCUUCUGCUGUUGCUCCAGCUCCCAAGAACCCGGCGAGCAGUUCUGCACCAGCUGCCACUCCCCCGAGCUCUGGUGGCCCGCAGGAUUUCGAAGAGUGGCUCAAUGGUUUCGACGAAGGCAAAGGCAAGUUCAAAAGCCUCUACCUCAAGAAUCUCAAGGAGCAGUUCUUCGAAAUGUCGCAGCUCAAGGAGUGCCUGGAAGGCCUCUGCAACUUCCAGGAUCCUACGAAGAAGGUCAGUGUAAGUGAUGUGGACGCCGAGUUCUGGAAUUCCCUCGACAUCAAGCGCAUGGGCCACAAAAUCGUGUGGCUCAAGCAGCUCGAGCUUGACUGUUGCACUUUCACUUUGAUAGCUGAGAUCUCAGUGUUCUGUACAUCGAGCUUGCCCUUCAGCCGCAAGCGGGAGGCCUCUCCCCUCGGUGCGCUUGAGCGGGGCCGUUCCUCCCCGGUAGAUGCGGGGGGGGAUGCUGAAAUGCAAGAGGCUGCUCAGGCGGCACUCCGUGCCGCGCUGGACCGAGGGGGGACUAGCCCAGAGAAGAAGGCCAAGCCUGAAGCUCCCUCCGCAGCAUCCGCCAAGGACAAGAGAGCUUUUCCCGACGCCUACGACAUCAGCGACGCUGCUCCGCCCCCAUGGGCUCAGGACUUGCAACAUAGUCUUUUGAGGUUGGACAAGGGCCAGCAAGACACUCUGGAGCAACUGCAUGUCACGCACAAGAGCCUCCGAGACAAGAUGCAAACACUUGAGAGCAGGCAAGAUGCACAGCUUGAGAGGACUCAGGCCUUUGAAGCCCGCUUGAACGCCCUGGAAACCGAAGUCAGAGACCUGCGAUCUCGCUCCCCUAGCAUGGCCUCGGGGUCCGUCUCUCCCCGAAACUCCCGCGAAGGCAACCAUGAUGAUUGGCAGGUGGCCCUGGGCGGCUGGUACGAGGCGAAGCGAGAGGCCAUAGAGGACGAGGUACGUGCCUGGUUCUCGCGAGCCGAGUGCUUGAACGAGCUAGGAUACGUGCCAUUGUUUCCCUUAAAGCCCUUGUUUCCCAACACCUCAGUGAAAGGGACUUUGAGUUUGAUUGGCGUGGCCGGUUUUGGACUCGAGGGUACAGUUGCACGUCACCUUGGGAUUGAGGUUGAAAAGGAGCUUGGAGGGGUAAAGGACGUCACUAGUGACGCCAUCCUUGUUCGAUCUGGGGUGGGCUUGACCGUUUCGAAUUCGUGCUCGCUUAAAGCGGGUGAGCAUAAUCCCCGUGGGGACGCCGAGACAGUCUGGAAGGACACCCUUGAAGGACUCGACCUGGAGUUGUCCCAUGCCGACCCCGCCGACGCCAUCAUGAUCGGGGCAGACGUGAACCAGGACCUGCAUGCUUCCUUCGAUGAAUUUUCAGGGGUUGGACACUUGAGGGCUUUGAUUGCUAAAUAUGACCUGGUUUACAACAAGCCUCUGGGGGCCACAUGGUCAGCUCGGGGAUGCUCGAGCGAAAUUGACUUCGUCAUGAUACGAGCGUCUAGGAUCUCUAUUGCUGCACACAAGAGAGAUGACAUGCGUGAUGCGCUCCCCUCCGACCACUCGCCGGUGUUUGCGGUCCUUCAUACUCCGCUCCCCCUUGUGACCCGCUCUCAACGUCCGACAACUAAAUGCGGCCGGUGGCUAGUUGAUAGCUCAGUGCUGCAAGCCUUCGCCGAAGAAGGCCGGCCCUUUGAGCCGGAAGAAUUCAAGAAUUUGUGUGCGAGCCACGCACGACGCCUCCCCUCGCUGAGGUACAAAGACUCUGAAGAUUUGAAGGCGGUCAUAGCGCAAAGAAGGCAAGAAACCGAUUUUCAGGUGAAAGCUGCCCUUCUUCAGAAAAUCAGACAUGAUCGGGCGGUUGCCAAGAAUGAUCACCGAAUUCAGAUUCUUGAGGAUGCCCGGGGUGGGGAUAGGCGAGCAAUUAGCUACCUGCGCAAAAGUGCUGCCCAUGCCUCUUUUGAGGUAAGCUAUAUCCAGCACCGUGGAGGAGAAUCGGUAGCAGCACAGGAAUUGAAGGCCUUCUACGAAGCCAAAUACACGUCCUUCCUCCCGCCCCCCACUGAGGAUUCCAUCAAUGCGAUGAUUGCCACCCAUCAAUCUGUCCAACCUGCUCGGUUUACUCAGGAUGAGCUGGAAGCAGCCAUUGUGCGCUGCAAAGCCAGGACCAGUGCAGGCAUGGACGGCGUCUGCUACGAAGCGAUCAGGGCGUAUCAUCGAGGGGACGUUCAGGGUCGCCUCUUGGAAUUCUUCAAUGGGCUGUUGUUCAAGAAGUUCCCCGUUCCAGAGGACCCUGAGCUCUUUGCGCAUUUCCCAGCGAGCAGUGAAACCAUCGUGGCUCAGCGAGCAACAGACCGACAUGCAUGGCGGAAGAUGCUCGCAAGGUGGCCGAAGCGAGAGGCCCUAGAUGGCCUGUACCCGAGAGGACAGGAUCAGACCUGCCCCGCAGCCGUACCAGUCCUUAGUGCUGUUUGCAAGAGCCUGAAGCUGCUGGAACGUGUUGAGCCCCUCUCGAAAGCCGCCGUUGUCCUCCCACCUUCUUUCCUCCCGCGUCACAUCCUGGAAGGAGUUCGUGACCCGCAGGAUUCGGCAGCGGCAAAGCUCACGCGAUUGCUCCACGAGACCGACCUCCUCGGCAAGACUUUCACGCCGCCCAAGAAGUUCCCGCAGAGGACAGCUGAUUUCCACAGGGCACAGUACUUUACCGAAACCGCCUCGGCAGCACUGAUUGCCCUCCGCUUGAAGCUGAAGGGAGGGCCCUUUCAGUCCUCAACGAGGCUGCUUACCAGGUUUGUCAACCAGUGGUGCCCCUCAUUGAAGUUCACCACGCUGACCAUCAUGUUGAACGUGAACAGCCCUCCCCACACAGAUGCGGGUAACUCCGAGGUUCCUGGCAUGCUACUGGCCCUUACUUCUAACUUCACUGGAGGCGAAUUGUGGAUCGAGCAUGACUAUGGCACCCAUACAAUGUACCGCAACGGCGUGCCCUUUAAAGGAGUUCAGGUUGACAUUGCCUCGCCCUUUGUCUUUUCAGCCAAACGGGUGCUUCACGGCACAUGCAGAUGGGAGGGAACCCGCAUGGUCCUUGCUGCCUAUAGCACAGCAAACAGCGCUACCAACCUUUCCCAGGAGGUCUCCUUCCGCUUGUCAUCGCUGGGGUUUGCCCUGCCGACUCGUUCUGACGAAGACAGCUUUCGCUUCGAGAUCUGGGGGGCGACGAUCACGCGCCAGCUAAGGCUCUCAG